UUUUCGCUUUCGGGCAGCUGACCGUACCAUCUCCAGUUGCCGACCUGAACUUCAAGUCCAAUUGCCGACCUUCACUUCAAUGAUUUUUCUGUCUCAAACUCUAAUGAGUUGUCCAAUUUGAUUUUGAAGAAGGUAAGAUCUGGAAAAUGGGUGGCGCGCUGGAAAUGUGCUUUGAGUGCCUUCAGCGACGGAUUGAGGCUGAUUUCUCCGGCAGACUCACCUUCAUCCAUGGCCUCUCGGAUUCCCCACUUCCCUUCGGUUCAAGCGCGCUCGUCGAGCAGUCGGUGUCUGGUGGUGUGGCACCACUGAAGUUCGUGUUGAAUUAUGUGCCUUAUCGUAAAGAGGACUGCUUAUCCAGAUACGUUGAUGAGUAUUGUGCGGUUGAAGGCGGCGAUUAUAAUGUCAUGGAGAACAUGAAGUUGUCUGAUACGGAUCAAGACCAGGAAGAGGUCAGUAUCAGAAUUUUCAGUGAUAAAAAUUCUGCUUUAGAUACUGCAUCAACUGAAUGUCGGCAUUUCUCGGAUGGUGGCAGAAACUUGUACGCAAUAGGUUGUGAAACAUGUAGGGUUUCCAGUAGGUUUUGUUGCUCGAGGACAAUAACUUCAUUGGCACCAAUUGCUCAGAUUGGCUGUAUGUCCUAUGAAUUAUUCGAAGACAUUGCUUCAGGUUUCUCAUCUGGUUCAGUUGAAGAUCACAUUUUGCAUUCAUUAAGUCUUCUUAUAGAAGGAAAAUCUGCAGGACGAGACAGUAUAAACUUUCUUAGUUUGGUAGGACUGCCGUCAUUUAACGAGAAUGGUUUUCCGGGUUGCAUAAGGCAUCCAAACAUUGGUCCCAUUUUGGGGAUGCUGAAGUCAUCUAGCCAAAUUAGUGUAGUGCUUCCAAAGACGCCAUAUACCCUUGAAAAUAUUCUGCAUUACAGCCCUGGUGCCAUAAAGUCUGAUUGGCAUGUCCGGCUUUUAAUCUACCAGCUACUCUCAGCUUUGUCUUACCUGCAUGGUCUGGGUAUUGCCCAUGGGAAUUUACGGCCGUCCAACAUUAUGUUGACUGGUACAUCUUGGUGUUGGUUACAAAUUAAUGAGAAACAGCUGCUGAACUCCAAGGUUAAUCCAAGUUACAAGUUCUGCAACCCUCCUGAUGGUGGGUCUUGUUUCCAAGGCUGUUUAUCUCGUGCCCUUUAUGCUGAUUUAAAUCUCUCUCAAUCUGGGAGUUGGCAAUCUAGUUUCUAUAGUUGGUGGAAAGGAGAGCUGAGUAAUUUUGAGUAUCUCCUCAUUUUAAACAGAUUAGCAGGAAGAAGGUGGGGCGACCAUGCAUUUUAUACAGUCAUGCCUUGGGUCAUAGAUUUUAGUGUAAAACCUGAUGAAAAUAGCAAUGCUGGGUGGAGAGAUCUGAGCAAGAGCAAGUGGCGCUUGGCAAAAGGUGAUGAACAGUUGGAUUUCACUUACUCAACAUCGGAAAUUCCUCACCACGUCUCUGAUGAAUGCCUAUCUGAACUGGCUGUCUGCAGUUAUAAAGCUAGGAGGUUGCCUUUGAGUGUUUUACGGACAGCCGUUCGUUCAGUUUAUGAACCUAACGAGUAUCCCUCUAACAUGCAAAGGUUAUACCAAUGGACCCCUGAUGAGUGUAUCCCUGAAUUCUAUUGUGAUCCACGGAUAUUUUAUUCUCUACAUUCUAGCAUGCCUGAUUUGGCUGUGCCUUCAUGGGCAGGAACUCCGCAGGAGUUCAUUAAAUUGCAUAGAGAUGCUUUAGAAAGCAACCGAGUUUCAUGUCAAAUACAUCACUGGAUUGACGUCACCUUUGGCUACAAAAUGUCUGGUGAGGCUGCUAUUGCUGCAAAGAAUGUAAUGUUGCCAGCAUCAACGUCCACAAUGCCAAGGUCAACGGGCCGCCGCCAGCUUUUUGCUCGACCUCACCCUCCACGUCAAAUUGUUAAAAAAGCAACUUGUGAGAAGAGCAAUGGUAGGACUAAAGUGAAUUGUGAUGAGGGAAAGCUUGCUCUGUUUAUUGAAACUAAUCUUUUAAGUAAUCUGGAAGAAGCAACUUUUUUCUGUGAGAAUUCAUGGGAUUUAGCUCCUACUUACAAUGUUUACUCCAGUGACUGUUUGAAGGAUGAACCCUGUGAAACCGAGCUUUUGAAGGAUGUUUCUGAAGAUGUGUCAUCUGGAGAACCUGACUCUGCAGGGAACUAUAGUCAGACCUCAAGUAUUGAUUCAAAUCAUCUUCUUGAGAACAUUGAGGUGGAUGACGAUUCUAUGGGAUAUCAAGAACUACUGCUUUGGAAGCAGACAUCUUCCUCAAUGAUUUCUUCUAAAAGAUCUGCAGAUGAUAUAUUUGCCGUUGGAUGUAUUUUAGCAGAACUUCAGCUGGGGAAGCCACUUUUUGGUCUUUCUUCAUUAGCUUCAUACUUGGAGACUGGUGUCCUACCAAGUUCAGUGCAAGAGCUUCCCCAUCACAUGAAUGUUGUUGUUGAGGCCUGCAUUCAGAAGGAAUGGAACAGGAGGCCUUCAGCCAAAUGCCUUUUAGAAUCUCCGUACUUCCCGAGAUCAGUCAAAUCGUCCUAUUUGUUCUUAGCCUCAUUUCACCUUCUAGCAAAAGAUGAAUCUCGUCUUCAAUAUGCUGCAACAUUCGCAAAACGAGGAGCUCUGAGAAGAAUGGGAGCUUUUGGAGCUGAAAUGUGUGCGCCUUAUUGCUUACCUCUUGUAGUGAAUUCUUCCUCGGAUGCUGAAGCUGAAUGGGCUUAUGUACUACUGACAGAAUUUCUGAAAUGCCUGGAGUCAGAGGCAGUGAUAAGGCUUGUGGUGCCAUCUGUUCAGAGAAUUUUACAGGCUACAGGCUAUUCACAUUUGAAGGUGUCUCUUCUUCAAGGCUCUUUUAUGCAAGAGAUAUGGAACAGGAUAGGUAAACGAGUAUACUUUGAGACAAUACACCCGCUUAUAAUAUCAAAUUUGUGCCUUGCCCCUCAUAAAAGCUCAACUGCUGCUGCCUCUGUUCUACUCAUUGGAUCCAGUGAAGAGCUUGGUGUACCAAUUACAGUUCACCAGACAAUUUUGCCUCUGAUACUCUCUUUUGGGAAAGGUCUAUGCAUUGAUGGAGUUGAUGUGUUGAUUAGAAUUGGUGGACUUUUUGGAGAAAAAUUCGUUAUCAAACAAAUUCUGCCACUGCUAAAUAAUGUCAUCCAUUCUUGCAUCUCUACUUCACAUGUCACCAAAACUGAACCCAUGCAGAGUUGGGGUUCUUUGGCCUUGAUAGAUUGCCUUACAGCAUUAGAUGGUCUUGUUCCUGUAUUGACAACUGAGACGAUUGUUAAGGAACUGAUUGAGGACAGAAAUUGCCCAUAUGUUAAGAUUCUCAUGCACAGAGAUAUUGGACUCCAGGUUCUUCAGAAUGCUGCCAAGAGUCUUAUUAGAGUUUGCCAGCAGGUGGGCCCGGAUUCAACUGCGUCGCACGUUCUGCCAAAACUAAAGGAGUUAUUCGAUGAGCUUGCUUUUUCUCAGAAAAAGAACAGCUAUCCUGUCAAUUUGGUUGGAAGCAUAGGAGGGCCCAGAUUGAAAGUGAGUGAUGAAGAUUGCAUUGAAAGCCGCAUGGACUUGGCGUUACUUUUGUAUCCUCAAUUUGCUUCUCUACUUGGAAUAGAGAAACUUCGCCAGUGUUGUGCCACAUGGUUGCUUCUUGAGCAAUUCCUUCUAAGACGUCACAACUGGAAGUGGGAAUAUGCAGGGGAAUCCAAUCAAACCGGUGCAGAGAAUGGUAGAAGACCCUCUUACCACAGGGGCUCAACAUCUGAAAAUAUCCCUGCCAAACUCUUACUCAAUGGGGUUGGAUGGUCAAGACCACAAUCACAGGUUAAAAAAGGUGCCAAAAAUUUCCUUCCAAGUAAAAGCAUGUCCGAGUAUAAUCAGAAUUCAGUAGAUAGGCAUGGGACAGGUACAAAUUUAGGAUUGGAGGAACCUUGGUAUUGGUUCCCUAGCCCUGCAGCUAGUUGGGAUGGACUUGAUUUCACUGCUCGUGCUGGUGGUCCAAAGGAUGAACUUCCAUGGAAAAUUAGAGCAUCAAUCAUACAAUCUAUUCGUGCACACCAUGGAGCUCUGAGAUCUUUUGCUGUUUGUCAAAACGAGUGUACUGUAUUCACAGCGGGAAUUGGACCAGGAUUCAAAGGAAAUAUUCAGAAGUGGGAAUUGUCAAGAGUUGAUUGUGUGUCAAGCUAUAAUGGCCAUGAUGAGGUUGUAAAUGACAUUUGUGUUUUAGCCUCUGGAAGGGUAGCUUCUUGUGAUGGAACAGUUCAUAUAUGGAAUGGACAAAACGGAAAACUAAUUUCUGUAUUCUCCGAGAGUUCUUUAGCCUCCACACAAUUGAUUGAAAGAGACGAAGACAAUAUGCUUCAUUUUAAUCCAUUACCAAGUGGAAUGCUUAGUACUGCAUUUCAUGGGAAUUCAUACACUACUAUGGACUACAUCGAAUUCAAUAAUAGACUUCUUGUGGGUACUGGAAAUGGAUCUCUCAGAUUCAUUGAUGUCGAUCAAGGUCAGAAACUUCAUCUUUGGAGGAGUGAAUCCGUUGAUUCUGGUUUCCCUUCGCUUAUAUCGUCCAUUUGCUUAUCUAGCUCUGUCAAAAUGCAUCAUGAGGAAUCUGUCACCUCUCCAUCCUGGGUUGCAGCUGCAUUCAGUACUGGUUAUUGCAAGCUCUUUGACAUUAGAAGUGGAAAAAUGAUUGCCUCAUGGCAGGCUCAUGAUGGAUAUGUGACAAAGCUAGCUGCAGCUACAGAUCAUCAGCUUGUUUCCAGCUCUCUUGACAAAACUUUACGAAUUUGGGAUUUGAGAAGGAAUUGGACCGCAGAACACACAGUUUUCAGAGGUUACAGUGAUGGAGUUUCUGGCUUCUCAGUGUGGGGGCAAAAUGUGAUCUCUAUAUGUAGAAAUAAAAUUGGGCUUUCUUCUUUACACAGCUCUGCAGAUGAAGAUGGGCAGUAUCAAGCAACCCCUCAACAUCUCUAUAUGGCGGAUGGGGAAUCAAAGAACAUGUCGGCUUUGUCAGCCAUUAGUAUUCUACCUUUUUCCCGGCUUUUUCUUGUAGGAACAGAAGAUGGUCAUUUGAAGAUUUGUUGCUAGUUGUUUUGAGGACAUUCUCUCGUUGUAAGGCAUAUUCUUGUUACAGGGAAAAAUGUCGAUUUUUCUUAAAUUUGAGGAGGAUAUUUGCAUUUUGAAAUGAAUGUGGGAAGUUUUGUGAAAGUUGGACA